UCGGUUUCACUUUCUUAUGGUUUUCUAUCUACCAGUUCGUGGAAUCGAUCGAAGCUGCCAUGAAUGAAGAUGCGGUUUGGAGGUCGAGAAGCUCAUUCAUCCGCUCUCCACCCAUGUGCUCUGGAAGGGAUGGUACAAUGCCAAUACGCUUGAUCCUGUAUUCUUGUCACCAGUGCGAUAUGGGAGUGGCAGAUUGACCUAGGGCUCAACGAGGAUGGACACUUCUUCACAGAAGGCAUCAAAGACGGACGGCUCAUCAGUUGCUAGUUCGAGUUCGAGAAAUACCUGCCGUGGUCCUACUUCUGUGUCUCGUUUUGAGUCGGGCAAAACAUUGAUUACGUCUCGAGUGCAGGAAGGAGCGAGAGUCCCAGUUAAUCUGAAUAACGCUCAGUAUACCGCCCAGCAAGCGGUUAAAAAAGUCCACUUACCACCACGAGUCCCCGAGAUCGCAGCUGGCAUUGAGGUGCGCAACACCAUAACAUACCAUGCAGAGCACUUAGGUGGAGAACAGAUGACCAAGGUCCUCGACCUUCAAACCGCGUGCAUGCAUGGCAACAUCGAUCAAGUGCACGGACUGAUAGAUGCCGGAGUCGACCGCAACGCCGUUGCUAUCACGGGGAUGAGUGCCGUGGAGCUCGCCGGGAACGAUCGCAGUCUCGCUGUCAUGAAAGCCCUCUUCAGAAACGUCGACAUCCCAAAAGACGGCCGACUGGAGCUCUCCAAAGCAAUCCAGCUGGGCCAGCCGUUUGUUGUCCAGGCUUUGAUGGAAUUGGGGCUAAAGGAGAUUCUGCAGAGGCCACCGUUCAUGUUUAACGGGUUUAUCAUAAUGGCAUGUAGCAAAAGCACCCCAGAAGUCAUUCGAGCACUCAUCAGACAUGGACCCAAGGCCAAUAUCUCGGAGCAUGAAGAGAAUUUUGUCAAAUGCGCGAUUUGGGAAGGAAAGCAGCACAACGUCGACUGCAUCAAGGCCUUGUGUGAAGAGGAACGACUCAGAUUGACGGCAAAGGACAGCCAGGUCUGCGGGAUCAUCUACCGUGAGAUCUAGAAGAAAUUCCCUCCCGAGCCGUCUUUCCUUCCAGCACCUCGAGAUGAUCCCUGAACAACCCGAAGAUGUCGAAUAGACGCCGUUUUCGUUUCUAUGGGUCGACGAAAA